UGAAUGAAUGCCAGGCAGCUUUAUAAAAGGGGAAGCACAGAAAAUCCUUGUUAAAAGCUGCAGUAUUGCAACCUGGUCUUCAUCCUGAGAGCUCUGGAGCCAUGAUCUCACAGUCGUUUGAUUGCACAUUCUUUGUGAUAGCAUGCAUCUUUUUCAAAUGCUGCUUUGCUUUUGACAAGGGUAUUGAACAAACUAAAAAUGAUGCUACAGAAAUAUUCUACAAUCGAAAGGUACUACAACAUGAUAGUCCAAGCAAUUUAACAUUAAAUCAGGCAAGGAAUGGAGGACGACAACCUAACCCAUCAGAUUUGAGUCGUAAUGAUCGAUCUCAAGUUGGCUGUCGUGAGCUUAGAUCAACCAAGUACAUUUCUGAUGGCUUGUGUACUAGUAUUAAUCCAGUGAAGGAGUUAGUGUGUGCUGGGGAGUGCUUACCUGUGCCUGUUCUUCCCAACUGGAUUGGAGGUUAUGGUCGAAAAUACUGGAGCAGGAGGAAUGCACAAGAGUGGCGCUGUGUGACAGACAAGACUCGUACUGAGAGGAUUCAGCUUCAGUGCCAGAAUGGUGGGACACGAACCUACAAAAUCACAGUAGUUAUUUCAUGCAAGUGCAAGAGAUACACACGACGGCACAAUGAAUCAAGCAAUACCAAUAUUGAGGAGGCACUGCCCACAAACAAGAGAAGAUUCCGAGGCAAAAAAAGAUCCCGGAAGAUUCAGCAAGAGGAGACCAAGCAUAAAGCAAAUUGGCAUGAAGUGGAAGAGAAACAGUGAUUUUCCUUGUUGCCAUACGAACUGUACUGCGCAAAAGUGGGCUUCCUUUGUUCGUGUUCUGCAUUUAUUGAAAUAAGCUUACUCCAUAUGUGUUAGGUAUCAUUAAUUAAAGAAGAAGUAAAAUUAUGGUCCAUCAGAUGCGUAUAAUUGAUCAGGACUCCUGGAUUAAAACAUAUAUACUCAGGAACCUGGCUACAUUAAUGUUUUCAAUAGCAUUCCUUACCGUGCACCUUUUGCUUAAAUAUAACUUCAAAGAAAAGACAUUGACACCACUUUCAAAUGCGUAAUAGAACAAAAGUACAAUAAAUGGCUGUAGAACAAUUAAGUUAUUCAACAAUGAUUAAAAUUAUUACAGUUUCCCACUGGUUGAAUAAAUCAAACUAAGAAUUAUUUUGUUUCCAAUAAUUCUGUUGAAUUGCAUUUUCAUCAGAUAAAUUGGUGACAAUUUAUGUAUAUAGAUAUUUUUGGAUAAAGAUCUAAUCUGCAUGGGAUACCAUAUAAGAAAUUAAAUAUGUUGACCUCAAACAUUUCUAAAUGUACAUUUAUCUUUAAUGCAAUAGAUAGUGUGAAGUAAAUACAUCUGAUCAGUGAUAUUGGUUCAACUUAUUCAAGCCACACCUUCUCAAUAGAAAGUUGUACUCAUUUCUGUUCGCUCUGUUGAAAUAAAGUCCAUUAGUAUCAAAACUAUCAAGCCCUCAACUCUUAAUGAAAAAAUAUCCAAAGGUUCAUUUAAUGGAUGGGAUCUAUGAAACAUGACACUUAUUAAAUCUGAUGACAAGAUCUUUAUUUCAGCCUUUGAAAGAACAUUUGUUGUCUAUUUAUUUUUUUCAAUGUAGAUAUUUAAUAAACAGUUUCAUUUGGCUUUAGAAAAUUACUCAGCAUAAGUUUUUAUUUCUGGUUUUAUUAUGUGUCUGCAAGUAUUUUCAGGUUCUGCAUUAGGAGACCAGAACAAAAAUGCAAAUAACAAUGUACAUUUUGUACAGCUAAUAGCAUUUUGGCUCUUCAAAUUUUCCAGCUUUAUUUUGUGCUUUUUUUUUGCUGCAGAGUUUGAAGAGUAUGAGAAACUCUAAACUUAGCUUUACUUAAAUAAUAAAUGGAAUGCAAAAGAUUAUCUUCUGUAGACAUCCACUAGUCUGGUUUUUUUGUCUUUUAAUGUCUUCCACAGAGUAAUGUACAUUUUCACAAGAGUAAAAUUAUAGAAAAUAAAUCAGUGAAGUCA